GGAACUUUACCCUGUCAGAAGUUGUUUUUUCCGAGUACAACGGAACGCAGCACCAACGCUACAUGUAGAAUACUACAUGUCCCAUGAUACACUCUGGUGUUUCCACAAAUAUUCAGAUUCCAGAUAGGUUUCUGUCGCGCAUUUUCAAUUCAGUCAUACACGGCGAAAUACAAGCAAUGCACCUUUAUAAAUAAUCGCUUGGCUGCUGCUGUAACACAUGUCUGAAGCGGAGUGAGCGAGGACAGAGGAGAGGACGCAAGGGACAGAUCAGGAACUCACCGAGAGCGGCAGAGCAGCACAGACCGUGUCCAGCACUUCGCAGGUCAACAGUGCCAACACUGAGCAUCAUGUUCACAGAGGUGCUGGUUGCUCUGGUGAUUGGAGGACUGAUCUUCUUCCUGGUUCAGAUGAACAAGACCCAGGUUCUGAAGACAGAAGAUGGCUGGUGGGGGGCCGGAGCACCCCUUGAUGGUGGGGACGACGUCACCAUCCGUCCCUUUAAAGUCACCACCAGUGAUGAAGAGCUGGAGGACCUGUACAGGAGGAUAGACCAGACUCGCCCUGUUCCUUCACUAGAGGACAGCCAGUUUAACUAUGGCUUCAACUCCCAGUACCUGCAGAAGGUGGUGUCUUACUGGAGAAAUGACUUUGACUGGAGGAGACAAGUGGACAAACUCAACCAACACCCCCACUUCAAAACCACCAUCGAAGGCAUUGAUAUCCAUUACCUGCAUGUGAAGCCCAAGAAGGUGCCACAGGGAACCACUCCCAUUCCUCUGAUAAUGGUGCAUGGCUGGCCCGGCUCUUUCUAUGAGUUCUAUGGGUUGAUUCCUCUGCUGACAGAACCAUCAGACCCACAUGACCUUGUGUUUGAGGUGGUGUGUCCCUCCAUUCCAGGGUACGGUUUUUCUGAAGCACCACACAAAAAAGGCUUUGAUUCAGUUUGUGCGGCGCGCAUCUUCCACAAACUGAUGAAGCGUCUGGGCUUCCAGCAGUUCUACGCUCAUGGAGGAGACUGGGGCUGGCUAGUCACCACCAACAUGGCUCAGCUGGAGCCCAAGACUAUCAAAGGCUUGCAUGUGAACUUUGCCCCACCCUCCAAGCCGGGGCUGCUCAUGACUUUAUCCAUCAUGCUGGGCCGUCGCUUCCCAAAACCUUUUGGUUUUACUGACAUGGAUAUCAAGGGUCUCUUCCCCUGUAUGGAGAAAAUGGUGGUGGAGUCCAUCAAAGAGUCUGGCUACAUGCACAUCCAGGCCACCAAGCCUGACACUGUGGGUCGAGGACUGAAUGAUUCUCCAGUGGGUCUGGCUGCCUACAUUCUGGAAAAGUUCUCCACGUGGACGAACCGCGACUUCAGGAACCUGCAGGAUGGAGGACUCACCAGGAAGUUUUCUCUGGAUGACCUGUUGACUAAUGUGAUGAUCUAUUGGACGUCUGGCUGCAUCAUUCCCUCCAUGAGGUUCUACAAGGAAAACUUUAGUAAAGGCCUCGACGAACCUCAUGCUAAGAUGCCAGUCUACGUCCCCACUGGAUUUGCCUGCUUCCCAAACGAGCUCAUGCACACUCCCAAACUGUGGGUCAAACAGAAAUACCGUAAACUCCUGACCUUCACACCCAUGGCCCGUGGUGGCCAUUUUGCUGCCAUGGAGGAGCCCCAGCUGAUGGCCGAGGACAUCCAGAACUUCACUAAGACGGUGGAGAGGAAAAAUAAAUAGUAGCUUGUAGAAAAUGGUAGUUUGGCAUUGAAGUAUUGUUAAGCAGGUGGAUAAAUGGGAGGUAAAAAGAACACAGUGAUAGGAAUGGACAGAUGGUGGGAACAGGUGGAUUGGACAGGAAUCAGAAAAGAUGAUGUGAAAAUAAGCAGAGGAAGUGGGAGACUAUAAAAACAAUAUGAGCUAGUUUUGGAGCUACUGUUCAGACUUUCUGUCUCAAGCUUUCGCCUUUAAUUUUUUAAAUAUCUUAUACACAAGUUAUAUUGAAAAGAACAGUGAACUGUAUUUACUAUGCCCAUCACCUGUUGGUCCAUAGUAGUAUUGACCAAUCACGUCUGAGUAGGUUUAAGUUGCAUACAGUCUGUGUGGAGAAAAAACAAAAGAGGUGGAACACUUUGGCUGAAAUGCAAUCUGGGAACCCAUCUAACCCAGCUAUUAUCUGAUGAUUUAGCUUUUAAUGAACUUUAUUAGCUUUUUAAAAAUGUAACUUCAUUCAUACACAGAUAUCUGUUUAUAGAGAUUAGCAGAUAUGUGUCUUUCUUAGUUGCUAAUUGGACUGCAGAGGAAGUCUUGGCCCAGACGUCUUUCUAUCCUUUUAUCCGUUAUCUGUUUUCUGGAUAUUCGCUGUCUACACAGAGAGCCCAGAAUGAUAGGCAUUGAGUUCUAGAAUUGGUCCUUAACAAACAAAUUCACUACACCUGUCACCUUCAUUUUAAAGUCGGGAACCAGCAUCUAUUCAUUCUGUCUUCAGUGAGUUCUCUGAGUUCUGCCUUCCGCUGAACUCCUCUCAGCCUUGUAGUGUUGAACAGUUCAUGCAGCUGCAAAUGGGAGGUCAGGAGGGUACUUGUUGUUAUUGUGUUGACAGCCUGAACAAGGUGCCAGGCAUUCCUCUGACUGAUAGCAGGAACCCUCUUUACUUAAGCCACACUACACACGUGCUGCCAUGUCAUUGCCUUGAACCUUUAUGUUUCAUUUUCCUGUAUUCUUCCUUUCAAAUGUAUCCAGAACUAAUUUUAGUUUAUUUCUUGAAUGUAUACCACAGUUAAUAACAACAUAGCCGUGCCUUUAAUAUAUAUGUUUAAUGUAUUUAAAAUGUUUUUGACAUUUAAUGCUUUGAUAUAAUAUUAGUCCAGGUUUAGGGGCAUGAUAGCCUAAUAUGAGAGCAACAAUUCUGAAGAGUUGAAUCAUUAUCAGCGCUCAUCAUGUUGAUCUUGAAGAUGUUGAAGACAAGUUUUUUUCUGAAAAUGAUUUACAUAAAUAAUGAAGUAUAUUUCAUUAUUAAGAGUGAAAAGACAUUUUCACAAUAUGGACAUUUAGAGUGUAUAUCUACACUUUUUGCCACUGCUAUGUUUUGUCUUCUGCCAUACCAUUUUAAAUCGGAUAUCUUGGAUUGACCAAAUAAAAUUGAGACUGAGUAGUG